GCCGCCUUCAGAAUAUCCUCUUAUUUGAGACGUUUAGCAACCAAUUCAGUAAAAAUAAUUACAAUACAUAAUUUCAUUGGUUAAUUUUGAAAUAAUAAUAAAACUGUGUCGAAUCGUACUAAACAAUUAAAUCUUAAUUACGAAAUAAUCUUAGAAGAAUAAAAAAUAAUAUCGUUAAACAUGCAAUUAUAAACGAUAUUUAAUUAGAAUAAAAUAAUAACUCAAUAAUUGUUUGAAAUCAUAUAUUAAAAAUUUUAAUUAAAAAAGAGUAAAGAAUUCAAAUCAAAUUUAGUUGUGUGGUGGCUAUUUUGAAAUCAUGUCUGGGCUAAUUCAAGUUGGACCCUCUGAUGUAAUAAAUCUACCUUCCAAAGCCAUUGGUGUAAUUUUUCAUGACAGACUGAAAAAGUGGAAUUCGGGGAAAACACUAUUGACCGACACUGCAACUGGCGAAGUUGUGAAUUAUGGAACCUUUUCCAAACUCUCAAUAAAACUGGCUCAAGAGCUUCAAAACAUCGGAAUAAAACAGGGAGACGUGUUAACUAUAAUAUCACAAAAUCAUUGGAAAUACUUACUGACACUAAUCGCUGGAUUUUAUGUUGGAGCAAAAGUAAAUCUCCUAAAUCAUGACUACACUUCAGGAGAACUAAAACAUAUCAUGUCGACGUGUCAACCAAAAGUGGUAUUUUCUACCCAUAAGUCUUUGCAAACUCUUCUCGAAUUAAAAAACGAAGAUUUUUUCCCCUCAAAAAUAUAUAUUUAUGAUGCCCCAACUUCCGACUAUGGUGUCAAUUUUAAUAACCUUAUUGAGAACGCAAAUGACAGUGAAAAUUUUUGUCCUGUUGAAGCAAAUCUGGACGACGUUGCUUUAAUUUUGACAUCUUCAGGCACCACCGGAUUUCCAAAAUGCGUCCAAUUAACCCAUGCCAACCUACGCUACACCAUGACUUUCAUGGCAGACCCAAACUUGAUAGAUUUUAAUGAAAACGAGUCCACUAUUGCCUUUUUGCCAUUUUUUCACAUUUUUGGUUUCGGCGUCGGAGCUGGGUGUGUUCUCCUAGGAGUCGAAUUUGUGAUUCUUGAGAAAUUCGUUCCUGACUUGUUCCUAAAAACGAUUCAGGAUUACAAAAUUACCAAACUUUUCGGAGUUCCCCCAGUUUUUCAUUUUUUGAUCAAAAGUCCCAUGGUGCAAGACUACGAUAUUUCUUCAAUGAGAGAUGUUUUAUGUGGAGCUUCAGUUCUUAGUAAAGAAAUAGAAGAAAUGGUGGUGAAAAAAUUAAAUGUGGUGUCGGUGCGGCAAGGUUAUGGCAUGACUGAAGCUUCGGGUGCUAUUACUCUGAUUCCAAAAAAUGUCAAAAAAUAUGGCUCUUUGGGAAAACCUGCUACUGGUGUUUUGAUUAAAGUUUGCCACACUGAAACUGGUGAGGUACUUCCCGCGAAUUCUGUAGGAGAGAUAAGAUUUAAGAGUGACGGAGAAAUGAAGGGGUAUUUGGGAAGUGAUGAGGAAACUAAACAAGCCUUUGACGGAGAAGGAUUUAUGAAAACUGGUGAUUUGGGGUAUUAUGAUGACGAUGGUUUUUUUUACAUAGUAGGAAGAUUAAAAGAGAUAAUAAAAUAUAAAGGAUUUCAGGUUUCUCCAGCUGAGUUAGAAAAUAUUUUAUUGCAACAUCCAGACGUUAAAGAUGUUGGUGUUGUUGGCAAGCCUGAUGACCGAGCAGGGGAAGUACCCGUUGCUCUAGUUGUAAAACAAGAAGAUAAAAAUGUUACAGAAGAAGAACUUGUGCAACAUGUUGAAAAAAAUGUUUCAGUCCAAAAACGGCUUUAUGGAGGAGUUAAAUUUGUCGAAGAAAUUCCCAAAAAUUCGAGUGGUAAAGUACUACGUCCCAAAUUGAAGGAAUUAUUGUAAUAAUACAUUCAAAAUAAAAUAUUUCUGUCUAAU